AUUCGUGACUACACUCGUCCGCGACCAAACACAUCAAGGAUCCCAAUCAUAGCUGGCCUGCUUUCCACCAUUGCACGCGCUUCCGACCUCUCACUCUCUGCGCACCCAAUUACACAACUCGUUUUCGAGCAGUCGCCACCUCACGUUCGCAUCCAUCCAACGUGCUGCUCGUCUUUGGAUGAGCUUAGCACAUCGUGGUAUCAACCGCAUUCGUCUUUUAGAGUCGGGACCGCUAGCACCGCACUGCGCUCGUGCUCAUUAUCUGGCACCUUCACUACAUUGCAUUCGUCCGUGCAUGGCUCAUUGGCCCUCGUCCAAGUCUUUCAGCAUGUCCACAACAGUCACUACUGCACCCGCAGCCGCAGAGGGCGCUGCUGAUGUUGCCAGCGGAGCAAGCGCGAGCACGAGUACCAGCACCAGCGCGAACAUUUACGAUCCCUUUCUAAGCUCUCGAGGCUUCUCCUACGAGCCCAGCUCGUCCGUGCGCGCGCACUACCCGCUCUCCACCAAAAGCAUCGUUCCAGAUCAUAUAGAGAAGCCCAAUUACGCCAAGGAAAAUUUUAUGCAAUCCAGAAACAUCGUCGUCACUUCCAAGGAUACGCAACAAGGCGUGCGUCAAGCAGCCACGCUCGCUCGACAGGUAUUGGAAAUGGCGGCGGCGGCUAUUCGGCCGGGGAUCACGACGGACGAGAUAGACAAGAUCGUUUUUGAAGAAGCCAUCAAGCGUGAUUGCUAUCCCUCCCCAUUGGGCUAUCACGGAUUUCCCAAGAGUGUGUGCACAAGCGUCAAUGAGAUUGUUUGUCAUGGGAUCCCGGACCAGAGACCUCUUCAAGAUGGGGACCUGAUCAAUCUCGAUGUGACGCUCUUCCACAAGGGUUAUCACGGGGAUUUGAACGCGACGUACAUGGUGGGCCCCACAGGAGCUGCGGACGAAUCUUCUCUGCACCUCAUCAAGGCGGCCAGAGAGUGUUUGGACGCUGCCAUUGCGAUAUGCGGGCCUGGCGUGCCUUUUGCAGAGAUAGGGCAAGUGAUCGAACCGAUGGCCAAGGAGAAGGGGUGCAGUGUGGUCAAGGCAUACACGGGGCACGGUAUCGGAAAAGUGUUUCACGGCGCACCGGUAGUCUAUCAUCACAUUACCAACAAGUCGUACGGCAUCAUGCAGCCAGGUCACAUCUUUACCAUCGAACCGAUGCUGAAUGCAGGUCUGAACAACCACAAAACCAAAGAUUGGCCCGACGAUUGGACCGUCACGACCAAGGAUGGGAGCAGGAGCGCAGCGGCGGAAGAGACGCUGCUCAUCACCGAUCAGGGCGUCGAGGUGCUCACGGCGCAAGGGGGACCUAGGAGUCUGGAUACGAGGGAGAAUAGACGAGCAUGGAAUGAGAGGAAAAGAGCGUGAGGAGCCGUGCGGCUGGCUGUGCGUCUGUGCACGCGUCCCAUCAUUGGCAAUACCAUUCCAUCCCAUCUGGACGAGGAUGCGAUGCGAGAUGGUGGCGAAUCUGCUGGCUGCGCAAAACGCACGGCAGCCGUGCUUGGCGGAAGGAGAACGCUGCAAGACCGAACUGAUGCUCCCUGUUGAUGCGUCGAUGUCGCCCCAAUGCCGCCGCUGAUGGUGGUUGCAAGCAAGUGUCAACUCAGCUGUGCGAGACUGGAGGAGGAAUGUAGGCGCAGCGAAGUACGAGGUGGAUGAGAUGAGCUUGGGGUGGAAUGUGGCCCACAUGCGCGAAUCGACCUUCGUACUGAUCGCUGCUCGUGAUGUUGGGGGGCCGCACCGAUGCCUUGGAACCGGACGUGCGUGGGAUCGCAACGAACGCCAGAGUUGAGCGAUGAUUGCUGAAUGUGAUGAUGUGCCCA